AUGGACAAGAGUUGCACCACGAAUGCAGAGAAGUUGCAAAUACAUCGAUCUGUCGUACUCUGCAACACUGAUAUCUACCCUGUAAUCUAUGGAUUGACCAUUCGUCUGCACAUUAAUCUGUUAAUCAAACGCAUUGAACUAUUAAGAUGCGAUGAUAACAGAAGCGAGGAAGAACACUAUGAGGAGUUGACUGGAUGCAUCAAGGAUCACAAGCGUCUUUUAGAAUACUUCAACAUCUUAAGGCCGCUCAUUUCAUGCACGAUCUUUAUUCAGUUUUUAUUUGUGGGCGUCGUAUUGGGACUUUGCCUGACAAAUCUUUUCUUUUUCUGCGACUUUUGGUCGGGUAUUGCCACACUCGUAUACAUUAUAGCUGUCUUUUGCCAGACUUUUCCUUUUUCGUACAUUUGCAACACGCUGGAGGAGGAUAAUGAUCGACUUACACUAACUAUAUUUCAGUCCAAUUGGUUGAGUGCAUCCCAAAGAUACAAAUCUACGCUAAUUUACUUCAUUCACAAGGCCCAACAACCAGUGCAGUUCACUGCUGGAAGCAUUUUUAAAAUCUCUUUACAUACCAAUAUAAGCAUCGCAAAGUUGGCUUUCUCGGUUGUAACAAUUAUUCAACAAUUCAAUUUGGCUGAAAAACUGGAACGCAAAUGAAUCUGGG